AGCAUGCCGUUGCAUUGCAGGGGGCGACGGGAGGGCAUCAACAGUCUGUUGCCAUUCAUUCUUAUUUUCGGAUACCUCCCUUCGCUUCUGACGUGGCCCUUUGUUGACCAUAUUAAUUAUCUCUCUACACUCAUUGCCUGUAGCGCUGGCCUCCCUUCCCCUGUGCAAGAUGAGGCUUGCACGCACAAUAUCAUUUGCGCUAUCACUCCUCUCUACUGCCCUUGCGGAUGUGGUGUUUAUUUACCCAACCACCGGCACAGUUAUUAGAGCUGGCGAUGUCGUUACCGCUCACUGGAGGGAUUCUGGCGCACUACCUCGAAUGACUGAACUUGUACAAUACGACCUCUAUCUCUGUGCAGGCGGAGACACACCGGGAUCCUAUGAGGAUGUGUCUCUUCUCCUUACAAAUGCUAUUUUUUCCAGGGGCAAUUCGGUUUCCUUCAGGAUUGAUCCAGAUGUCGGUGGCAAUGAUGAGAAUGCAUACUUUCUAAGGAUGGUCGCUUCUGGUCCCGAAGCCUCGGUUGUCAACUACUCAGAGCGCUUCACGCUCACGAACAUGACAGGCUCAUUCUCACCACUUAUUGUACAUGGAAUUCAUUCUGCCAUACAAUCUCUUAGUUCUCCUGUCAAUGAAGGGGAAGAAAAUGAGGAAUUGCGAAAGAGGCAAAUGGUAGGGUCCUAUACGAUUCCAUAUCCGUUGCAAACAGGUCCUACGAGAUACGCUCCUAUGGCUAAGAAGCCUGGAAGUACGAUUCCCGCGGGGUCGCCAACCCCCCAAUUCUCAGCGAGCCUGUAUACCAUCGCUACAACUUAUUUACCUGCGGCUACCAUUCAGGUUACACUCUCUGCCUCUGAGACAUACUCCGUGGUUAGCAUCGAGAACACCGCAUCUCCUGCACCGCAUUCUCAAGAUGUGCAAAUGAAGCGGUUCUUAGAAAGAUGGAAGGAUUAGGUCUUGUAACAGUUUGGACUUCUGACGCUCCAGGCAGCCAAAACCAUUCCAUUUGUUCGAUUUAGUGCCUUUUAUACCCCGUCCACCAUAUGUCCUGUCUUUUCCCCUCAUAAUGUUCUCUAAUAAUGGCCUAUUUGCGGCGUUAAAACGCUGGAAUAUGUGUGCAUCUGACCUUUCAAAUCUCCGAUUUAUGUUAGUUUGCAUGGAACCGGCUUUUAUACUCGACAAUACUGGUUAUCGCCUGCACCCAUCCCCCAGUUGAUUUAAAACACAAACUUUGCAUACUACAUCC